AUGAUAGUGAGAGUGAUGUGUAUAUCGAAGAUUGAUAUCAAAAUCAUGAGGAUCUGGAGUGUUCUAGUUCUCUCACUGAUUUCCUCUCUUACUUUUGGGAUACCCGACGAGUUAUCCCAUCAGUUAUCUGGAAAUGUCAAAGGAAGGAUUAUUUUCCGUCAAAUGGAAGAUAAUUUAACAUACUUGCGGGAUAGAGGGAAGUUGGCAUCUUACAUACCCACCCUGGUUUCAUUUGAGCACUUUGACCCGAGACAUACCCUGCACUCUGUCACUUUCACAUACACAUGGGACUUAGGCAAUGGGGAAGUGCAUAAAGGCCCAGAGCCUUUUGUGAAAUGUCACUACAAUUCCUCAGGGAACUACACAUUUCAACUGAGCAUUGAAGCCAAUACACCCCAAAAUUCCAGAUUGACUGGCCUGUACUCUGUAGAUUUGACUGUGUUAGAUGCCACAAAGACCAUUGAAUUGAGAGGCCCUUUAAUUUAUAACGUCGACCAGAGCAGCAGUCUGUCCUUUCAUGUUGGAGGAAGUCCACCGGUUUGGCUGUGCUGGAGAGUUUUGUCUGAAUGCUACACACCCAGUCCAAUUUCCUGCAAUUUAGUCAGGCUCUACGGGAACAUAUUCAAUCUGAACUACACCUUCAGAUCAGUAGGACCACAUUGCUUAGACCUGAGUGUGAGAAACAAUAUCAGCAACCUCCAGACAUCCUACAACAUCUAUGUGCAGAGUAGCCCUGUGAGUCUCAUCUUCAUUUUGCCCUGUGCUGCAGUGAUAGUUGCUACUCUCAUAUUCAUCUCUGUGUCAGUGUGUCGUCCACGGCAGCAAUCCCUCAUGUCUAAGGCUCUGGUGAAUAUGAAUUAUCUCUCCUUCACAGAAAUCGAGCUGUGUGCCAAAGAUGCAUCUGUCAUAACAAAUGAAGCCCAGCCGCUUCUUCAUCAUGAGACUUCCUACAGCACCCAACCCUGAUU